AUGUUGCAGCUGUGCACUAUUUAUGGCGGCGCCAAUGGCACUUUGGGUCUAAAUUUGAGUCGCGCGCCUUGGGACCCUUAUCCGUGGGUCAGCGGCGUGCAAGAAGGCUCAAAUGCACAACAGAGUGGUGUCUGCCUGGGAGAUACGUUACUCGAGCUUAACGGUUUCGAUGUGUUGGGGUUGCGAAUUAGCGAGCUGGCCACCCGAUUGCGGGACCACUGGCAGAGCGGCGCUAACUGCGUAACAAUGAUGAUGUGGCGCCAACAGCCGAGCCUGGGAGCCGCUGAAACGGAGCAUGCGAUGCAGCACGAAAUUAAUCAGCAAUCGUUGCAAAAGUUUGCCACAUGCCUGCAACAUAUUGCCCAAUUACUGGAGUGUCCUGUCUGCCUAGAGGUCGUUAAGCCCCCUGGUUGGCAGUGUUGUAACGGACACGUACUUUGCAACAAUUGCCGCAGCCGCUCGAUUAAGUGUCCUGUGUGUCGUGUGCCCUUGGGACCGCGGGGACGUUGCCUCCUCUCCGAUAAAUUAUUUACAUUGCUGGCAGAGAAUUUCCCGUGCGAUAGAGUGAAAAGUCAGAGCAACAGUGAGAAGAAACUAAAACCUGAUACCACAUACUAUCAUCAACCGAAACUGGCGCACAGCUUAUUAAAGUUAGGCAGGCAAAGUCUGCAAAUCCGGGAGCAGUGCCAUAAAAUUAAGAACGAGGAGGCAACUCGAGCUGCUGAGUCCUUGGACGUCAAUCAAGUUCAGCAGGAACAGCAGGACAGCACGCGACUACCAACAACAGAUAAGCAAAAUAAUGUCAACAUCAGCAGAAAGGAGCAGCUGAAAGGCAAUAGUAGUGGAUUGGAGCAGUGCACCAUAAAGUGCAACAGCAGUAGGAAAGUUGUCUGUGAACCGUUAACUUCAUAGGCAACAGAUAGCUACGUACGUACGUACUAUGUACAUACAUACUAUACAUAUACACAGGAGGUGCAGAAGGUGCAAGAGAGCAGUGAUAAAGAAUCAACAAUAUACUCGUUAAGCCAAAGUGAAAGUUAAGCAAGAAAAGUUGGACGAUUACAGGCUAAGAUCAAGAUGAAUUGCACUGCGCUGAGGUUCAAAACGUAAAUAAUGGCGUCCAACAGCAAGGCGGAGGCCAACAGAAAUGCCGAAAUUGUCACUGCCCGACUGGGAAAUCAGACAGGAAUAGCAGUCACAGGAACUACGUGAAACUUUUGAAAGCAGCUAACAAAUUGUCAAAUACGAUGCAUCGGAAUACAAACGAAUGAAAUCAGAAGCAGCAACAAAAUAACUUCACGGAUUCCACACAACAACAACCAAAGAUAUAGUUACAGUGGACUGUUUCAUCUGCAGACGGCAUAGGGCCGGUUACAAGUCUAUCAGAAGAGCCUCAACAGUACUAGAAAUGAUUGUAUCAGUCUACAACU